UCUCCAAUUCCUAUUAUUUCCUUUCAUUCUUUCUUUGACUUCGUUUUUCUCUUCUAUUUUCUUCUCUAUUCAUUAUAAUGGCUGCAAACAGCGUUGCUUCCGAGAAGAGCCUUAUAGUCAGCUUCGGCGAGAUGCUGAUCGACUUCGUUCCGACCGUCUCCGGCGUGUCCUUGGCGCAGGCACCUGGCUUCCUCAAGGCUCCCGGCGGUGCUCCGGCCAACGUCGCUAUUGCUGUGACUAGGCUCGGCGGCCGCUCCGCCUUCGUCGGAAAGCUCGGCGAUGACGAGUUCGGCUGCAUGCUCGCCGACAUCCUCAAGCAAAACGGAGUCUCUGGUGAGGGGAUCUGUUUUGACAAGGGCGCUAGAACCGCUCUUGCGUUCGUUACGCUGCGUGCCGACGGAGAACGCGAAUUCAUGUUUUACAGGAAUCCCAGCGCCGAUAUGCUACUGAGGCCAGACGAACUCGACCUCGAUCUUAUCAGAUCUGCUAAAGUGUUUCAUUAUGGAUCAAUAAGCUUGAUUGUGGAGCCAUGCAGAUCAGCACACCUAAAGGCAAUGGAAGUGGCAAAAAAGGCUGGUGCACUGCUUUCAUAUGACCCGAAUCUCCGAUUGCCACUGUGGCCUUCAGCUGACGAGGCACGGAACCAGAUUUUAAGCAUUUGGGACCAGGCAGAUGUGAUCAAGGUCAGUGAUGUUGAGCUGGAGUUCCUCACUGGGAGCAACAAAAUUGAUGAUGAAACUGCCCUGUCUCUCUGGCGGCCGACUAGCAACUUGAAGCUCCUUUUAGUCACCCUUGGUGAAAAUGGAAGCAGAUAUUACACCAAGAAUUUCCGUGGAGCAGUUGAUGCUUUUCACGUCAACACAAUUGAUACAACUGGUGCUGGUGACGCAUUUGUUGGUGCCCUUCUAUGCAAGAUUGUAGCUGACUCAUCCAUUCUCGAGAAUGAAUCAAAAUUGAGGGAAACGUUAAGAUUUGCAAAUGCAUGUGGGGCCAUCACAACCACCAAGAAGGGAGCAAUCCCAGCUCUUCCUAAUGAGGCCGAUGUUCUCACCUUGCUGAAAGGAGCAAAUUAAACUUCAAUAAUUGCACAUCUCCCACCCCUAUUUUUCUUUUUUGUUUUUAUUUUUUAAAUUGCGUUCCCGUGAGGGUGAAAUUAGAAUCUCUCAGUUUUUAAUUUCCCCCUUUCCCUUAUUUCCCUGUACUUAUGAAAGACGCGCUUAGAGGCAUUAGGGAAUAAAUCCUUUUUCUUGUUUGGCAUGAUUUAUGUCUUCUGAAGUAGAGAGUGCAGUGACUUGCACUUGCAACUAUCAUUUUGGGAGUAAAAGUGCAAAUAAGUAUUUCAACUUUGC